AUGGUGAAGUUCGCACCCUUGUCCGUGCCGUGGGAGCGCAGACUGCAGACCUUUGUGGUUCUGCAGUGGAUUUUCUCCUUUGUGGUCCUGGCCCAGAUCUGCAUUGCUGUCUUCAUAGGCCUCCUGUUCACAAGAUUCUGGAUCUUCAGUGUCCUGUAUGCAGUCUGGUGGUACCUGGAUCUAUCCAAGCCGUGGCAGGGGGGCAGGCGCAUUGAGGCCUUAAGGCGCUGCGUCAUAUGGAGGUACAUGAAGGACUAUUUCCCCAUCUCGCUGGUCAAGACUGCCUAUCUGGACCCCUCCCGGAACUACCUCGCUGGUUUCCACCCCCAUGGGAUUCUGGCCACUGGAGCUUUUACCAACCUGUGCACAGAGAGCACUGGUUUUUCCUCACUGUUCCCUGGCAUCCGCCCACAUCUGAUGAUGCUGAACUUGUGGUUCUGGUCUCCUUUCUUCAGGGAUUACAUCAUGUCAGGGGGGCUGGUCCCAGUAGACAAGGAGAGCGCUGCUCACAUUCUGAGCAGGAAAGAAGGCGGCAACCUCAUGGCCAUCAUUGUUGGGGGCGUCCAGGAGGCACUGGAUGCCAGGCCUGGAGCCUACAAGCUGGUGCUGCGGAACCGCAAGGGCUUCAUCAGGCUCGCCCUGACGCACGGAGCAGCUCUGGUGCCGAUCUUCUCCUUUGGGGAGAAUGACAUAUAUGACCAGGUUGAGAAUUCUCCUGACACCUGGUUGUGCUGGUUCCAGGAUGGACUUCAGAAGAUCAUGGGAGGCUCCAUCCCUCUCUUCUAUGGCCAUGGAGUCUUCCAGUACAGCUUUGGUCUUAUGCCCUACCGCCGGCGCAUCACCACCAUGGUGGGGAAGCCCAUCGAGGUGCAGAAGAUGCCACAUUCCUCCCAGGAGGAGGUGGACAGGCUGCACCAGUGCUACAUGCAGAAGCUGGAAAAUCUCUUUGAAGCCCACAAGCUCAAGUACAACAUCUCCAGAGACCAACACUUGGAGUUCUACUGA